AUGGCGGACGGAGGAGCAGCGAGUCAAGAUGAGAGUUCAGGACCAGAUGCUAAAGUGAAUAAUCAGUCAGAAACUACUAAAUGUGCAAUGGAAAGUGGUGACGGGAACACCGGAAUCCAAAUCAAUGGGUUUGACUUUCAGAGGCAGACGGUGCCAACCACAAGUGCAAUCACUAAUGCACACGCACAAGCCCUCCUCCAACAGUCUAAGUCGGAAGACUCGAGUGCUCUUACGACCUCCGUCCAGCAGAGCGUAUUGCCUCAAACCCAGCUAAUGUUGGCCGGGGGACAGAUUGCAGGAUUGACCCUGACCCCAGCGCAGCAGCAGAUGUUGAUCCAGCAGGCUCAAGCUCAACUCCUGGCUGCAGCCGUGCAGCAUUCAGCCAGCCAGCAGAACAGCACCACUGGGGCCAGCAUCUCGGCCUCCGCAGCCACACCUAUUACCCAGCUGCCCCUGUCACAGCCUAUCCAGAUCGCCUCUCAGCUACAGCCCCAGAAUCUAAGUCUGCCUCAGAUUCUUCUGGUGCAGCCUGGCCACCCGAUCGCCACACAACUGCAGUCCACUCCGUUCAUCAUCUCACAGACACCGCAUGCCCAACAGGGCAUAUUGCAAGCCCCGAGUCUUCUAACUCAACUACCUCAAAGCCAAGCUAACCUCCUGCAGACUCAACCAAGCAUCACCCUGGCACCUCAGCCUGCCACUCCAACCCGCACAACAGCAGCCACACCUAUUCAGGCCCUGCCCCACAGUCAGACACCACCCAAACGGUUGGAUACCCCCACUCUGGAGGAGCCGAGCGAUCUGGAGGAACUGGAACAGUUUGCCAAAACCUUCAAACAGAGGCGCAUCAAACUGGGAUUCACACAGGGGGAUGUUGGCCUGGCCAUGGGGAAGCUGUAUGGAAACGACUUCAGUCAAACUACCAUCUCUCGCUUUGAGGCCUUGAAUCUGAGCUUUAAGAACAUGUGCAAACUCAAGCCAUUGCUGGAGAAGUGGCUCAAUGAUGCAGAGAACCUGACAUCUGACCAGGCCCUGUCCAGCCCCAGUGCCCUGGGCUCCCCGGGCAUGGGCAUAGAGGGGAUCAACCGCAGACGAAAGAAGAGGACCAGUAUUGAGACCAACAUCCGAGUGGCCUUAGAAAAGAGCUUUCUGGAGCAGAACCAAAAACCUACCUCUGAAGAGAUCACCAUGAUCGCUGACCAGCUCAACAUGGAGAAGGAGGUGAUUCGGGUCUGGUUCUGCAACCGUCGGCAGAAAGAGAAGAGGAUUAACCCCCCCAGCAGCGGCAACAGUGGAGGAGGAAGCACCCCUAUUAAAACCAUCUUUACCCCCAGUAGCCCCUUGGUGGCGAGCACAGCAAGCCUUGUGAGCAGUCCGACUAUUAACACACCCACCACUCUGACUGUAAACGCAGUGAUGCCUCUCACCAGCACCAGCAUCUCCGGUCCGUCUUUCACAGGUGUGUGCACGACAGUUGGAGGAACAAACACUGCAUCCGUCAUCUCCACUGCACCGAUGAUUACCUUAGCCAGUUCUCCAUCUUUAAGCCCGUCACCAACCACCAUUCAGUCCACGACCACAGACAGCAAGGCGCAAACCAUCGUCACCCAGACCCCGACAUCCAUAGCCACCUCCUUGGGGACGGGUCAGGUGAUGGUAUCAGGGCUGUCUGCAGCGCUGCAGGGCGCUCAGAUACCCACCAGCUUUGCAGCGAUGGCUGCGGCUGCUGCUGGGCUGAACCCGGGACUGAUGGCCUCCUCGCAGUUCGCUCCAGGGGGGGCCCUGCUCAGUCUGACUCCUGGUGGCCUUAGCAGCGCGCUGAGUCCUGCCCUCAUGAGCAACAACACCCUGGCUACCAUCCAAGCUCUGGCAUCAAGCGGCACAAUCCCCAUCACUUCUCUGGAUGGCAGCAACCUGCUGUUUGCCAACACCUCUGCUGGUAACACGCCCAACCUGGUGACCACGCCGGUCUUCCUGAACCCCCAGAACCUGUCGCUGCUCACCAGCAACCCCGUCAGCCUGUUGUCGGCCGGGGCGGGGGGGCUGCAGGUCUCUGCUGAUGCUCAUCAUCAAGCCACCACGGCUGCCGUGCCUGUGCAAGCCUCGACCAUUACCACUGCCUCCAAGGCUCAGUGAAGCCAGUCGGGCCGCAUCCCGAAUGAGCGCCCUGUUCCUUAUGUCGUGCACUACUUCUUUCACACUAUGUAGGGAAUAGGGAGGCCGUUUGAUACAGGCUCCGCGCUUCACUAACCACCCCACAUUCUUUCCAUUGUAUCUAUCAUUAUUUAAUCCUUUUGCUGCCACCAAAAAGAAAACGGCCUCAGACGAGGUUGACUUUUUAUUUUUUAGUUUGUUUCCUGUCUUUUCCUUUAUGAUUCUUGGAUGUUUUUUUUCCACAAACAGUAGCCAGAUGGACUCUGUUGUUGGCCUGCCGCUCCUCAUGAACCUUGAAUCGUGUCCAGGAAGAAAAAUAUCUUCGGCACUCUCAAGCUGUUCACAUUUUGUACAUAUAUAUAUAAAUAUAUAUAUACUCCUAUUUCCAGGUCAGAAUUUUCUCUGAAAUACUUCUAACCAAAAACUUUAGGAUUUUGCUGUUUUAAUCUUCAAACUAAACGGAUUUACUACUAAUUUCACAAUAUUCAUCAUCACUAAUGGGGAUUUGUGUCACCCUAUCUUUUAAUUAUCUCUUUUGGGUUUUUUGGUCAGGCCUUGACGUAAAUCAUAUCAAAGUUAUAUUGUAGAGACUUUGUUUUUCUUUAUCUUUGCUGUCUAUUUUUUUUUUUUUUUACAUUUUCAGAACUUUGUAAGUCUAAUAUUAAGUUAAGAUUUAACUAUCAAUUUUUAAUCGUGGUUAUAAGGCUUUAAAAACAAGUAAUAAGUGGCCGAUAUAAAGGUUAUCAUUGCUUUAAGGGUCAGAGGGACAGGAUGUGUCUCUCUGAGUCUCUCUUUCUGGAAACACUGAGUUUUACAUUUUGCUGCGGUGGCAGUCGCCCCGAGCUUUUGUAAAAUGGCGGUCUCGGUGCGAAUUAAAGACACUGAUAGAAAGCGACUGAAAACAUUGCGUUAAGAGCUUUAUAAAGAGCUGCAGACAUGCAGUCCCGUAUCUGGUCUAGGGUGGUUUGUUUUGGAUGGUGGUCCAUUGGAAAACUGUACAUUAUGUUUGGAUUCAGAGGUAGAAAAUAGAAGUCUGCAUGUGUUGUCUACAGCUCAGGCAGAUGCUGAGAGUUCAGUGACUGCAUGAUCCACAAGGCUCUGCGGCUGACUGGUCAACAUACCAAAUGUAUGGUGGCAUUGGCUAGAUGGGGUUAUUGUAUUGUGUUUUUUCGUUUUGUUUUGUUUUUUAAUAGUAGUACCGUCGUAUCUACUUGUGCACAGUAUCUGUACCAAAAAACUGGAUUGAUGAGCUGCAGUCUGCCUGUUUUGGGAGGAAUGAAAUUCUGUCUUUUUUUUUGUCUGCAGUCAUUCGACUGGCUUACGUACUUUAAGAUAUACCAAAAAUAUUUGUUAAAAUAAUUGCUGUGUGUAGUCGGUGUAGCUUAGUCUAGUCAAUAUAUUUAUGAGUACAGAAUCUCUCUUCAUUGUCAACAGAAUAUAGAAAUGCAAUAUUUUGAUGAUCAUUUUCCAAAGAUGACCUUUUUUUCUUUUUUUCUUAAUUUGACAAAAGUGUCUCAUCGCUCAACGUUUUAAUUGGCAGCACAACUGACCAAAAAGAGAGGGAUCGGAGGGUCGGGGCAUGAGAAAGUAGUUUCCUUAAAUUGUUUUUUUUAUCACCGGGGGCCUCGCCCCGAACACCUGAUCCUGGUUUCCUUUCGGCCAUUUGAUGGCUUUGUUUUCCUUUUCGUCAGUUUUGGCCAUUUUGGUAGCAGUUUUGGACUUUUCUGAAACUUAGAAAAGUUCUGUUUUUUGGUUUUGUACUAAUAUUCAGCCAUAAAACAACAGCUUGAACCAAAGUGGUUUUCCUCAGUAGUUGCUGUGCCUGUCCAAGCACGCAAGUUGCCGUUCACACGAUCUCUCCGCUCUCGACACUGCUGACAAAUUAUUUUCCUCUACUCCCACCUCGGUCAACACCGGAUAUUCCUAAUUUGGUGCUGCUGCUGGAUAAGGAUCACAGAAACUUAGCUUUAACAACGUGCUGCUGAAACUCCUGGUGGAGUUGAGCUGUUGAGAGGCCUGCAUGCUUUCCUAUAGCUUUAUGACUACAUCCUGUGGAAAUCAGGUUUUGUGGUCUCGACCCUCCCGCCUGGAGGGCUCACGUAUGUAAAUGCAUAGAUCGGUCAUCAGAUAGCAUACCACACCUCCUCUCAGCGCCGCCAUUUUUGAACCAGCAUGUUAUGAAACAAUAUGCUGCUCCCUGAAAAUCUGCCUGUGGACUCGUUUUUAAAACCUGCCAAAUUAUCUUUCUCAACACGGUGUUGGGCUAAGUACUGUUAUGUGCUACACAUUCAACUAAACCCCACCAUGAAAAGUAGCGUUGUUCUGCUGCUUCCAAAUAACAGAAUGAUUACCACAGUGACUAUUGGAUCACUGAGACUGUAAGCAGUAAAAUCUGUCCAUGUUAAACUCUUGUUCUUUUCUGUUGAAUUAUUUUGACUGAAUAUACCUCAGCAGCACUUAAACAUAAGGUUCACCUUUAGGCAUUUCUGUGUAUAGAACAGUGUAGAAUGUAUAAGUACUGUCUGGCUUGCCAGUCAAAGUUUAUACUGAUGAACCAUACAUAGGAACCAUACAUAAAAGGAUAACCUACUACUGCUAUUUUCUAGUACUACUAUUUAUGGGGUAUUUCCAGGUUUAAAUAUUAUUUUGAGAUCCUUCUUGCCAAAGUAAAAGCCUUUCUCUUUGCAGCUAGGCGGGUGUCUGGCUGCUCACGUUGCUGGUUUCCCCGUCUUUCAGGCCACAUGGCGCCUAAAGGACUCAGUCCUGUUCCAGUGCUGUUUGUAGUUACUAAAGAGUUGAACGUGUGCUCGCAGGACGCACCAGUUGCCAUCGGCACCAUAGGAUGUUACUGAAAUAUUUAUCUGAGGAAAAGAAUUAGAGAAACAAUCUUUUCUUAAUUCUAUACAUAUAAAUAUAUAUAUAAACACGUGUAAGAUAUUCAUAUUUUAUAUUUGAACCAGUAUGUUAUCAAGACUGAAUGUAGUGUUUAUCAUGCUUACUCGAAGAAAAAAAAACUCCCCUAAAUCUUCCUUUUUAUUAUUGAAAAUUUUUCUUUUUCAAAACUGACAAGACCAAAAAAUAAGAGAAGAAUUGUGAGACCACGCCUCGGUGGUGCGUGAGUCGCUGACACCUGCGUCUGUCGUGUAUCUGCGAGGUCUUUUCAACAGGAAGUGUUUGUUCAGGCGCUCCUGACUCUGAAGCAUCUGAUCUUAAUUUCUUUAAUAGUUUUUUGUUUUUCUGGUUGAGUCAUUGUGGACUUGAUUUGUUGUGCUGUCUUUAACAAUCAUUUGAUUUUUUUUUCUUUAAAUAUUACUUUAUGCCUUUAAUUGUUUUGUAUAGUGUGAGAGGGCAAGAUCACUGGCUUUCUUAGUUUGACAAAGAAGAUUAACAUUAUCAUUUAUGCCUUAUUGUUACGUAGAAGACAUGAGCAUUGUAGCAUCGUUUGUGUGUGUGUGUGUGAGUGUGAGAGAGAGCGUUGAGCUCACCUGGUGCAUCGUUUUCACUGAAACAAAACGGUGCACUUUGGGCAUUUUUGGAGCGUGGGAUGAUUACGUUGCUACCUAUGUUUUUUAGGUGUGACUCAGACAGGUCGAGGAUACCUGUGAGAAAAGCUUUACUAAUAAUUCCAGCAGGUGGAUGUGUGUGUGUGUGUGUGAGUGUAUUAUAAAGAGAGAAUAGGGAGGGCAGUCUGCAAACCAUUAUGGUGCAUUUUUUUUCAUCUUCCAGCGAGUGUUUGAGAGUGAUUUUUAUUUUUAAAGUGGUGAGACAUGACAGAACUUAUUAGAUUUUGUCCAGAGGGGGGUCUCUGCUGAUUAACUAAAGCCUUAAAGCAACUCGGCUUAUGGUUUGUUAAAGAAAAACUACGGUUUGUGGUCACAAUUUGACUGUUUUAUCUCUACUAAUGCUUAGCCGCAGGGUUCGCACAAAGUUUCAAAAUGCUAAAUUUUAACCACUUUGUUUUCAUGGUUAGGAAUAGGCUUUAAUGUGAAUAUACUUGUUUAAAAAAAGCAUAAUUUUGAACAUAAUGUGUUUUAUCUGCACAGUCUCGCACACAAACCAAAAAUCUUUUAAUAUUUGAAAUAAAAAGUUCCAGUCGGCAUAUUUGUUGGUUUUCUAUUGGCGGAGGGGACCAAAGCUGGAUCGACUGACAUGAGCGACAAAAUGAAAAAGGAGCAUUUUCCGUUCCUCUGAGGGCGACCAUCUGCUUUUUUUUUUUGUUGCAAUUUUUUGCAGUUGUGGAAAAGAAAAAUUUUAGAUGUCAUAAUAAAGGGCUUCGAGAAUCUGGACAUUUUUGGUUUAGGUAGUUUAGAAGUGCUUGAAUUUUAUUGUUAUAAAGUUGUGCGAACCCUGCAGCAGUCUCUGCACCAGCUUUGCUUCAAGGCUUUAGUUUUAUUAUGUGAUCCGGAUAUUUUUUAAGAUGCUCUUGUGGAUCAGACAUGCAUCGAGUCGUAGUUAGUCGACCCACCACACUGGUUUGCUGGUUUUUUGACGUUGACAAAGGAAGUUUGGCGCACCAGUUAAGGCAAAAGGAGCUGUUGUAUACCUCAUUUCUAACUCAAGACUGAGUGAAACCUGCUUUAAUCUACUUAAAAAUAUUUUUAAAAAUCACAAAAAAAAGAUGAAAAUAACACAAACUUGUGUCGGUGGAGAAGCCCGUUCAUACCUGUACUUUUAAGUUAAGGGUUGUGGAAAACGCCACCACAAGGGGGAGACAUAGCAGUGCUCCUGAAUGUCUGCUGUUGUUUCUUUAACAAUUUGGUGUUUUUUAUGCUGCACACUGAUGUAUUUUUCAGCAUUGGACGGAUUUGUUGUAACUUGAGAUUUAAGUUGUAGUGUCUUGUAUUCCUUUACUGUCAUUGUUUUAUGAAUAGACCCCUCCAUGUUUGAACACUUUAAUUUUGACAAUCCUGUUUUUUUUAAAUUUUAUUUUAUUUUACUCUGACAAAGUACAGGUAUGUGCGUGUCUUCCCCCGUUGACGGAGCGCUGUCGCAGCCCGCUCUCGCUUCCCUGUGUUACCAACAUUAACCAAAGACUUCUAACGUGAUUGUAUAUGAACGACGCCCGUCUUCUCGGCCCGUCCCCGCCUCACUGCUCCCGGCUGCACGCUCUCUCACCCCGAGAUUCAUCUGUAAAGAGUUUUUUUUUUUUUUUUUUUAAUGUUGUUGUUUUUUUCUGCUUUUUAUUGCAUGCGAAUGUGUAUCCGCCCUGGAAACACUCCGGCGUCCUGUCGGCGUGGCGGUUUCAGUGCCUGUGGGCGGGGAUUGGAGCGCGAGGCGGGUUUUGAAAAAAACAAAACAGGGCCUGAGCGGGCUUCUCCGACAGACACAAAACCAAUCUGGUGGUAGCUGGGUGGUGUUUGUUAAUACACACUGAGGGUUAAUCCUGUGCACACUGUACAUGCUCAGGACUCUGUAUGUUUUGUCUGUCUUGAGCGAGGACGUUCCCCCUCCACUCUUUCUCUCUCUCAAGGACCGAUCCUGCCUCUCACAGUGUGUCUGUCUCUUCCUCGUCACCUGUACACUGUAUAGCCCCAGGACAUUGACCCUGUUGUCUCCAGGAAUACACAUCCUGCGGCCGCUAAAACUCACUGCUGUGUCCCUCCUCCCUCCUCUUCCUCCCUUUCCCCUCCUCUUCCGCUCUCUCCUUUGACAUCUUCACUACAGACUCUGAUCAGCUGUGACACUAUGCAUCAUGGUCCUUCACUCUGCAUGGACUGUGUCCCUCCGGCUCAGACCUCUGGCCGACGGGCUUCAGUGACACUUUGUUUAAUGCUUUACUCCGAGUGAGGUUGUAGGACCUCACAAGCGCUAUCCCAAAGCAAAAAUCCAAAUAUUUAACUUUUGACAAAUGCAGAUACCAAAGAUAUCUCUCUGUCCUGUGUCUUUCUCUGUUUUUCUCUCCCUUCCACCCUGCAGCAUGUGUAUUAAGAGACAAACCCAGCACUGGCUUUAGUCCUAGCCUCAGUAAUUCCAAAGCUUAGAUGUAUAUUUUGGUAUAUUUCUGAGAAAAACUUGCGUGAAAAGCGUCUGUUUCUCGUUUGUUUGUUGUAAUCUCUUUUUUCUGUCACAGCAUGGAACUAAUUGCAGAACUGUCUUACUCUUGGUAGGUUAAAGAUAUAGUAUUUUUGUAUGUUUUUGGGUGUGUUAUGUGUGUGAUUUAUCAGUUCACAGCCCAAGUGACCAUGGCUUUCAACAAGAGAGGAAAAAUGAGGAAAAAAAAAAAAAGAAACGCCAACCAUGUACAUAUUAUGUCUGUGUAUCUCAAGAACUGCAUUCUGUAAAACAUUUACUACUCACGUCGGAAAGCUUGGGCUCAUCUAAAGGAAUGUGUCCCCAAUUUAUUUCCCUUUUUUCUUAUUCUGCAGUCUGAUGAUAAUUGUCUUUCCAGGACUCUCAUUUAAAGAGUCCUGGCUUCCAUCACGGACAUAAACACUGAGGGACACUGCUCCGAUUUGACUACAAGGGAAAAAAAGGAAAAAGUAAAAAAAAACCUAAAAAAAAAACCUGCCUCCAGUCAUGGCGGCGUAGAACUGAAAGGUUGUGUAGGAGUUUUAAGUAUGUGAAUCAGGAUACAUAGUAGAUUUUGAUGCAUUUGUCUGCUGUAUUUUUGUUUGUUUUGUUUUUAUACACAUAUAAAGAUAAUCUUUUACUGUAAAUGUACAGUUCUCUUUUGUUGUAAACAUCAUUAAACCAUUUUCCAAGUGUU